UUAGACUGUCUGGCACAAGAGGCCCUGGUUCCUGACGGAUGAGGGACCCAAGAAGACAGAAGACCACGGAAUCUGAUCUGUAUGUAGGCAGAGGCAUGCGACUCAAAGCUGCCUGGGGUACCUCAUCUACUACCACAGGGGCCAAGGCCACCUUGAACUGAUUCCUUAGCCCUGAGCCCCAACCCGAAGGAGGUGACCAGAGAAAGCAGCGCAGCCCCUGAACUUCCUAAAAGCGCAGUUGAGACUUUCCCGGCCCAGCCCACAGGUGACUAGAGGGUCAGACCAGACGGAAAGGAUCCGCCUAUCCCAGCCUGGGGCUCAGAACGGCGAAGGCUGGUUCCCAAGGCCACGUGAAGAGCCCAAACAGGCAAAACUAAUGCCAGAAGAAAGUUAAGAUCGCCGGGACCUCUGCAACGCGGCUCUCCACUGCCACCCCCAAGUGCGGCUUUUGCAACAGCUGUCACCGCCGGUGCCAGCGGGACCUAAUCCAGCCCGGCAGAGGUCACAGCGGAGGAGCGAUGUCCCACCGCAGUCCUGGCAGGAGCCUAGGGCCGCCAGCGCCGCUGCUGCUGCUGCUGCUGCUGCCGCCGUUGCUGCUGCAGCUCUCUUGGGCAGCCGCUGCCGUUCAGUCUAGCACAGAAGGCAUCUACUAUGCAACUGCAUACUGGCUACCUGAUUCAAAAACAGUGGAAGUCAAGAAUGUCCUGGACAAGAGUGGAGAUGCCUACGGCUUCUACAAUGACUCCAUUCAAACCACAGGCUGGAGUAUCCUGGAGAUCAGAGCUGGGUAUGGCUCUCAGGACCUGAGCAAUGAGAUUAUCAUGUUUCUGGCUGGCUUCCUGGAGGGCUACCUCACGGCUCUGCACAUGUAUGAACACUUUACGAACCUGUACCCACAGCUGAUCAAGGACCCUUCCAUCAUGGAUAAAGUGCAGGAUUUCAUGAAGAAGCAAGAUCUGUGGACACGGCAAAAUAUCAAACAACACAAAAGCAACCCGUUUUGGAGACACAUUGGCUAUGUUAUGGCCCAGAUGGACGGGCUUUAUAUUGGAGCGUUGAAAAGGGCUUCAAUGGAAAAUAUUAAGCCCAUGACAAUGUCCCAAAUUCAGUUCCUGAAUGCUGUUGGCGACCUGCUGGACCUCAUCCCCUCUCUAUCUCCCACAAAAGACAGCAGCAUGAAGGUGUUUAAGAGAUGGGACAUGGGCCACUGUUCUGCUCUUAUUAAGGUCCUUCCUGGGUUUGAGAACAUCUAUUUUGCCCACUCGAGCUGGUACACAUACGCAGCCAUGCUGAGGGUCUACAAACACUGGGACUUCAACAUCAAGGACAAAGACACCAGCAGCAGCCGCCUCUCUUUCAGCAGCUACCCAGGGUUCUUGGAAUCUUUGGAUGACUUUUACAUCCUUAGCAAUGGCCUGGUCCUACUACAGACCACCAACAGUGUAUAUAAUAAAACCCUGCUGAAGUUAGUGGUUCCCCAGACUCUCCUGGCCUGGCAAAGAGUCCGUGUGGCCAACAUGAUGGCAGAGGGUGGACAGGAUUGGGCAGAGAUCUUCUCAAAGCACAACUCAGGUACCUACAACAACCAGUACAUGGUUCUGGACUUGAAGAAGGUGAAUCUGAAAAGGAGCCUUGACAAAGGCACUCUGUAUAUUGUGGAGCAAAUCCCCACGUAUGUGGAGUAUUCGGAACAAACCAAUGUUCUAAGAAAAGGGUACUGGCCUUCCUACAAUAUCCCCUUCCAUGAAAAAGUCUACAACUGGAGUGGCUACCCUAUGCUGGUUCAGAAGCUGGGAUUGGACUACUCGUAUGAUUUAGCUCCACGAGCCAAAAUCUUCAGGCGUGACCAAGGGAAAGUAAUUGACAUCGCUUCCAUGAAAUAUAUCAUGCGAUACAACAAUUACAAGGAGGAGCCCUACAGCAUGGGUGAUCCCUGCAAUACCAUCUGCUGUCGUGAGGACCUGAAUCAACGCACCCCAAGCCCUGGAGGUUGCUAUGACACCAAGGUGGCAGACGUCUUCCUUGCAUCUCAGUAUACAGCCUAUGCCAUUAGUGGUCCCACGGUACAAGAUGGCCUCCCAGCUUUUAAUUGGAAUCGGUUCAACAAAACUCUCCACAAGGGGAUGCCAGAAAUCUAUGACUUUGGUUUUGUUACCAUGAAACCAAUUUUGACACAAGACAGAAAGUGAAGGAGGAAAAGGAAGCUGCAAGACUCCGAAGGCUGUUUUAGCUGUAUUUCCCAUCUGUACUCUUAAUAAAAGAUAUUAAAUUCCC